AUGUGUGGGGAGCUUGUCUACGCGGUGAGGCUUUCGCGGUUUCAGGAGAGUCGCUUGCUCAAUAUCAUGACAGACCAAGAUCACCCAAUUAUGGGCCUUUAUAUCAACUUAUUCGCUGGCUGUGUCUACAUUUAUACGAAGCGGAGGUCGAACAGAUAUACUCUGUGGAUGUGUAUCGCGAUGUUCACGACUUGUACCGCGGAGGUGUUCGUCGACCUCGUCAAUGUCCUGCUAACUCCCCGUCUCAUCUCCGGCUCGGAUCUUGUAUCCGACACGCUAUUCCCAUGUGAGGUUUCCCUGGAAAGCACGCGACAAAGCAGCUUGUAUCAGCGAAUAGACAACGUGGCCUUCAUUUUGUUCACAACUAAAUUGUGGCUGGGGGAUAGCGUACUGGUGUACCGAUGUUACAUGGUGUGGACUACCCAACGCUGGAUAGCAAUGAUCCCAGCCUUCCUUCUUUUCGUCACCAUAGUGUUUGGAUACGCUCAAGUCGGGAUGUCGUAUAAGUACUAUCAUGCACAACUUCUCGCGCAGGCAUCUUCCUCCGCGGCUGAUACAGCCAGAGUCAUCAAUAUAAAUCUAUGGAUGUAUCGCCUGAACACGGUGGCCACGGCUACGUCCGUAGCUACGAACAUUAUUGUCACUGUUCUUGUUGUUUACCGCAUAUGGCAUGACACUCGCCAAUUGGCUGCUACAUUUGGAUCUCGGGCCACGAGGAGGUACGACACAGCAAUCGUGAUGAUAAUUGAGUCGGGCGCGCUCUAUACUGCGUCCCUGCUGGCGGAACUAAUCUCUAACAACGUUGAUGGAGAUGCCGCAUAUGUCGCGAACUAUGUGUCUGAUUCGUUGACCGCAAUGCUCGUGGUAAUCUUAGUCGUCGUAUCAAAGUAA